ACCCUAGUUCCCACGAACCUUGAGGUAGUGGCACAACAGAACUACACCAUCAUCUACCUCAUUUCCAACAUUGCCUGUAUCACCCGACUUCUUCGAGAGAGUACGAGAUGCAGUUCUUCAAGAUCUUCAUUUGCAAUGUCUUAUGCCUCUACCUGGCACUAGCGGGCGUCAUCGACGACGGUAGUACCCGGAGUAUCACCAGUGAUACCGAGGACCGGGAACUGAAGAGAACCGUUCCUGAACCAGCCGUUACCAAACCAAACAGCGACGAAAUGCUGCUGCUCGACUCAAUUAACGCCGGAAGGGCCACUUUCGAAAAACUGCUUGUCGAAAGCGGCGAAAGGCAAGAAAGCAUCUCAAAUUCGCCACGCGAUGUUGAAUCACAAACUACGGACGUCGAGAUCCGUGAAGCCACCCUCAACCUCACCGGAAGGGCAAAUCUUGCAGCCAUGAGUGACUCAUUCGCGUACUGCGUCGCCUGCGUGUGGGCGUGGAAAGCCGCCACCGACAGCAUGAAUCUAGGCCAAGCAAAACAGUUCCACAAAUGUUUCUGGUUGGAAUGUUUUGCUGGAUCACAUGCCUGUGCGUCGCAUCUGAUGGAAUGGGCUCGAAUAAUUGGUGGCGGGCCGGAUGACUUCCCAACCGACGCGCAGUUCACACAGGCUUGGCAACAGCUUUGGCGUCCAAUUCACAUUCUCAACAGGGCGUCUGUUUGGCUAAGUGAGAUCUGUAAUGUCACGAUGCAGAGAACUGUUGAAGUAGCUCUUGCGAUACUUGAUGGAAGUUGACGACCCGGUGCGAUAUGUGAUAGGAUUGGGAGACACGGAGAUCCUUAGCCUUUGAAUUUUUCGUUCAUACAAGGUUCAGAGCCAUGAUAGUUCGGUUCCUUGGGAAGAGUAGUAGCAAUUGAUCCCCGUCCCAAUUUGGCAUAUCUACCGGCCUCGAGGGCCAUGAUGGCAGUUGCUUCACCUUGGAUGUUAGAUGAUAGUAUUCGAAGAUGCAGGACCUAGAGUAAUGGUAAGGUACGGGCGCUCGAAUUGAGAUUCAAGACGGACUGAAUGAAUUUAUUUCGAGACUUUUGAAGCCGUCUAAGGCUGCAAAAGAAACGGGACU